AUGGCGUCCUCCCACGGUGACCUGGCGCAUCUGUUGCCGCCUACGUACAAGCGCUUGAUCGCCUCCUGGCUCGAGGAGGACUGCCCCAGCUUUGACUACGGCGGCUUUGUCGUCGGCGAGUCUGAGGGCGAGGCCCGACUCUUGGGGAAGAGUAAGGGCAUCGUUGCGGGCGUUCCCUUUUUCAACGAAGUCUUCGCUCAGUUAGGCUGCACUGUUGAAUGGCAUGUGAAAGAGGGUGAGGCUAUUGAACCCAUCAAACACUGUGCCACCGUCCGGGGCCCCAUUCGGAAAAUCCUCCUCGGUGAGAGGGUUGGCCUGAAUAUUCUGGCGCGAUGCUCGGGCAUUGCAACGAAGAGCUCGUCUCUCGUCAAGGCACUCCGCUCGCAUGGCUGGAAAGGCACCCUGGCGGGAACGCGCAAGACGACGCCGGGAUUCCGCGUGGUCGAAAAGUACGGCAUCCUCGUCGGCGGCGCUGACCCGCAUCGGCACGAUCUCAGCUCGAUGACGAUGCUCAAGGACAACCACGUCUGGGCGUGCGCGAACAAGAACGCGGCGCUGAGCGGCACCAGCCAGACGCCCGAAUCGAUCGCGGCGGCCAUCCCGAUGGCCGUCCAGGCCGCCAAGGCUGCCGGAGGGUUCGCGACCAAAGUCGAAGUCGAGGUCCGCAGUAUCGAGGAGGCCAAUGCUGCCAUCGCCGCGGGCGCGGACGUCAUCAUGCUGGACAACUUUACGGCCGAGGGAGUCCGCGCCGCUGCCAAGCAGCUCAAGACGGAGUGGGCGGCCAAGGGCAAGCCGCCGGGGUCGUUCCUGAUCGAGGUCAGUGGCGGCUUGACGGAGAGCAACGCGGCGUCGUACGCGUGCGAGGACGUCGAUAUCCUAUCGACCAGCUCGAUCCACCAGGGGACGCCCAUUGUUGACUUUUCGCUGAAAGUCUCAUUACGAUGA